AAUAAAGGGAUAGCUAUCGGCUACCGCCCGUAAUGGCCGCGGCUUUCGUUUCUGCAUCGGUCAUUUUUGCUGUGUAUCAUCAAUUUGUUGCAAAAAUUUGUUUUGUGUAGAUUUACUUUGUCUUUUGUUAAUAAUCAAUUAUUAGCAUAACUAUUGCUAAUAAAUAAGUUUUUUUACUAAUACUUUUAAUAUGGGCCGAUACAGGAGUCGAAGCCGUGACCGUGACAGGAGACGCAGAUCAAGAACAAGAUCUCGUAGUCGAUCACCAAGAGACAGAAGAAAUUGGGGCAUUAGUUGUGGUCGUGAUAGAGGAAUCACUGGACGUAACAACCGUGGUCAACCUGGAGCUAAUUUAAGAAAACCACGAUGGGAUCUUAGUCGUUUAGAACCUUUUAAAAAAGAUUUUUAUAUACCAAACGAUGUUGUACAGAAUCGUGACCCACGUAUUGUGGAACAAUAUAGAUGUGAUAAAGAAAUAACUUUGAAAGGAAAGAAUAUACCUAAUCCUGUCUUUACAUUUGAAGAAACAGGCUUUCCUGAUUAUGUACUUAAAGAAAUCAAACGGCAAGGUUUUAGCGAGCCUACAUCAAUUCAAGCUCAAGGAUGGCCAAUUGCUUUGAGUGGACGAGAUAUGGUUGGAAUUGCAUCUACUGGAUCUGGCAAAACAUUGUCUUAUAUACUUCCAGCUAUCGUCCAUAUUAAUAGCCAACCUAAACUUAGUCGUAAGGAUGGUCCAAUAGCAUUGGUAUUAGCACCGACAAGAGAACUUGCUCAACAAAUACAACAAGUAGCGGAUGACUUUGGCCAUUCGUCGGGUAUAAGAAAUACUUGUUUGUAUGGUGGUGCACCUAAAGGUGCCCAAGCAAGGGAUUUAGAUAGCGGUGUAGAAAUAGUCAUAGCUACACCUGGUAGAUUAUUAGAUUUCUUAGAAUCAGGAAGAACUAAUUUGAAAAGGUGUACAUAUUUGGUACUUGAUGAAGCGGAUAGAAUGUUGGAUAUGGGAUUUGAACCUCAAAUUCGAAAAAUUAUUGAACAAAUUCGACCGGAUAGACAAACUUUAAUGUGGUCUGCUACUUGGCCGAAAGAAGUGAAAAAUUUGGCAGAAGAUUUUCUCAAGGAUUAUGCACAAAUCAACGUUGGUUCUUUACAACUUGCUGCUAAUCAUAAUAUUUUACAAAUAAUCGACGUUUGUCAAGAUUACGAAAAAGAAAAUAAAUUGAGUACACUUUUGAAAGAAAUUAUGGCAGAAAAUGAAAAUAAAACAAUAGUAUUUAUUGAGACCAAACGUCGUGUAGAUGAAAUAACUAGAAAGAUGAAACGUGAUGGUUGGCCAGCUGUUUGUAUCCACGGUGACAAGACGCAGCAAGAAAGAGAUUGGGUAUUACAAGAUUUUAGAUCGGGCAAAGCACCUAUUCUUGUCGCAACAGAUGUAGCAGCACGUGGUCUUGACGUUGAAGACGUCAAGUUUGUUAUCAACUUUGACUACCCUUCUUGUUCAGAAGAUUAUGUUCAUCGAAUUGGACGUACAGGUAGAAGACAGAAAACUGGGACUGCAUAUACAUUCUUCACACCUAAUAAUUCUAACAAGGCUAAUGAUUUGAUUCAAGUAUUAAAGGAAGCUAAUCAAGUUAUCAAUCCUAAACUUAUGGAACUUGCAGAAGGCAAAUCAGCUGCUUAUGGAAGGCACAGAGGUGGAAGAAAUCGAUGGCGAACUAGAACAGGAGGUCGUAAUGGUAAAGAACGAAGUUAUUCCAGAAGUAGAAGUCGAAGUCAUAGCAGAGAAAGAAACGGAAGAAAUAAUCGUCGAAGUUAUAGUCGUAGUUAUACACGUAGUCGUAGUCCUAUUAAUAAUCGUACAGAAGUCAUCGGAAAAAGUUAUUGGAGUAGCGAGAGAUGAUUAAAUAACUCGUAAGCUAAUAUAUACAUAUAUAUAUACAUAUAUAUGUAUAUAUAAAUACAUGUAAAUUUUUACAUCUGUUGUAAGAUGA